AUGGGAUUAUCCCUGAGAGUUGGCGCUGAUGCGUCAGCGUGCGCCGCGGCUCCUGCUGCAGCGCCCGCAGCAGCAGCAGCAGCAGCAGCAGGGCCACCCCGCGGCCGCCGCCGCGGGGCCUUCCUCCUCUCCGGGCUGCUGCUGCUCUGCGUCUUCGCCCCCACUCCUGCUGCUGCUCUGGGCGACGAAGAUGUCAUGGAUGCAGCGGAAGAGUGCCACGCGGGAUGGACUCUUUUGAAUGGCCAGUGCAUCAAAGAAAAAGAAAGAAAGCCCAUCAGCCCCUGCCCCCCCAAGGCCGCUCUCGACGGCGCGGAGUGCGUGUUGGAGCGCGCCUCGAAGGCGGAGCUGAGUUGUGCUGCGGGGCAGCAGCUGGUGGGAGAGAAGUGCGAGUUUGAAGAGAAGACAACAGCAAUAUCUUCUUGUCCGAAGCACUUCAUCUUCAACGGAGUGAGCUGCAGCAAAACGCAAGAAGUUGCUGCUGGGGUUUCGUGUCCGCCCGGCUUCAAACCCUCGGAAGACAGAGAAGUUUGCUUCCGCGAAAGCAAACAAAAAGCAGCAGCAGUGUGUCCGCCCGGGGCCGUGCUGCAGCAGCACGGGGGCCACGAGAAGUGCCUGGUGGAAGAAACUGUUGCUGCAGCACAGAGCUGCCCGCUGGGCUUUUCGCUGCAGAACGGCAGCUGCAGCAAACUGGAAGUCUCGCCGCCGCAGCAGCAGUGCCCGCUGGGGGCCGUGCUGCAGGAGGGCCUCUGCCGCAGCAGCCAGCGAGUAGCAGCAAACCCCGUGUGUCCGCCGGACUUCGAGUUCGACGGAAAAGAGUGUUUGCUGCUGCUGCUGUCGCCGCCCACCCCCAGCUGCCCCCCCGGCUACCACUUGGGAGACGCAAAGUGCCUAAAAGUCCUCGAAAAAGAGCUGCUGCUGCUGUGUCCCAAGGACUCGGAGCUGCUGGAGGGGCAGUGCGUGCAGCGGCGCACGGCGAAGGCCAGCAGCGUGUGUCCGGAGGGCAGCCGCAGCAGCGGGAAGGGCGCAGCAGCAGCAGCGGGGGGCGCGCUGCUGCAGCGCAGCAGCAGCAGCUGCGAGGUGGUCAGCAGCAGCCCCCCGGCGCUCAAGUGCCCCCCCGAGGCCCUCCUCGAGGCCGGCCAGUGCGUCCGCAGAGCUGCUGCUGCUCCCCUGGGCCCCAGCUGCCCGCUGGGCUUCCGCAGCAGCGGCCAGGGCUGCAGCAAAGAGGCCCUCGUGGGGCCCCAGCUGCUCUGCCCCCAGGGGGCCCCCCUCAAAGACCGCUUCUGCGUCUCCACAGAAACUGCUGCUGCGAGGCCCUUCUGCCCCGAGGGCGAGGCCACCCCGCAGGGCACUUGUGUGCGGCUCUUCGAGGCCCCGCUGCUGCUGAACUGCCCCAUGGGCUUCAAGCUGCAGCAGGGCAGCAGCAGCUGCAGCAGGAAGAGCCACGCCCACGCCGCAUGCACUUGUCCUUUGAACGCCAAGCUCCGCGGCGAGGAGUGCAUCUGGACGGAGAGGAUUCCUGCGAACGACAGCUGCGAAGAAGGUUUUCAAAAAGACAACAAAGGCUUUUGUCUCAAGCUCGAGUCCAAGCCUCCCAAGAGGAGCUGCCCCAAGACCCACAAGCUCUUCAACACUUACUGCGUCCGCAAGGUCCCCGGCGCGCUCUUCAGGGGGCACCCGCUCUAG